CUAAUCAAAUUUCUUUCUCGAGCAAAACAAUUCAGGAAGCAUUGCGUCGAAUUGGGCCAGCGAUGCAAUUGGCAGCCUUCUCGCGGCCCAUUCGCUCGCUCCGCAUUUAUAACCCCCCCAGUGGAGGUGCUAGAGCUGCCGUGCAAACCUCCUAGGGUUCUACUGUGCUCGAAAUUCCCCAAUUCCUCACUCUACUCCACUUUGCUGCCUUCCUCGACCCUCCUCCGCCGCCGACGAUACGGCUGCCGGAGCCAUGCAGGGGCUCUUCUGCAUGAGGCCCGAGAUCUCGGAGGCCGCGGGCGGCCGCCGAACCGUGGAGUCCUUCGGCUUCAGCUUCGUCGACCUCACGGGGGGAUCCGCCGCGCCGCUGGACGUCGUCGACCCGUCCUUCUCCUUCCUGACGGAGCUGCCCGGGACCCGGGUCCUCCUCCUCAGGGACUCCUGCAACGGGCUCGUCCUCUUCGAGCACCGCCGGGAGCACCGCGGCGGCAGGAUGGGCUACGUCGUCUGCAACCCCACCACCAAGAAGUGGGAGGCCGUGCCGACCUGCGGCGACCCUGAGCUUCCUCUGACCUACGCCUACCUGGCCUUCGACCCGGCCGUGUCCGCGCACUUCCACUUGGUCCAGUUCCAGGUGGAGGAGGACGAGGAGUUCGUCUCGGUGCACGCCUACUCCUCCGAAUCCAAGACGUGGGGUGACAACCAGAUCGGCCAACUAGGAGAGCACGGGGAACCGGAAGGGUGGCGCCAGGUCACGUCGUUCCUUCUUGCAGAUCUUAAUCCGCGGUGCCCCUUUAUCAAUGGCUUCCUGCAUAUGCUAGUCUUGGGCCAGGAUCAGCUGAAGAUAGCUGCUGUGGAUGUACAAGGCAGGGCAAGGAGGAUGAUCCCGCUGCCACAUGUGGCUGAUGGGAGGCACUGGAAGUGUUAUUUCGGUGAAUCCCAGGGGAAGCUGCAUUACAUGUCUCAGGAAAUAUUAGAUGAUGGUGAAGGGAAGUACAAUCUGUCCAUCUUGGCUCUUCAGGAUUAUGAUGCACAGGAAUGGGUGUUGAAGGCCACUGUGAACACUUACGAGGUCUUUGGAGAAGAUAGCUGCAUAGAUGGCACCUCGGAGUUCGAGGUGGUCGACAUUCACCAAGAUUGCGAUGGCCCCGUUUGGUUCAUGGAGUUCCUAGCGCACACAAGCCGAGAAAGAAAUCUCGCAUGCAUGAAGUCUAUUUGUAAAACCUUUUAAGGAAUGAGUAUAACUUUUCGCGACGAAUCUAAUGACGGUAAUUAAUCGAUGAUUGGCUACAGUGAUGCUACAGUAACUACCCUCGCGGUCAAAGGCCUCGUUAGAUUCUUCAGAGUUCCUAGCGCAGGGGUUUUGGAGUUGGUUUUGUAAAUUGUCUUUGUUUGACACCCCUAAUGGACGGUCAAAGUGAUGAACAGUGCAAUUUUAGGAUCCUAGAAUUGCAUCCAAACGGGGCUGAUGUCGUUUUCUUUACUCACCCAUUGCAGCGUAGUAAUUUGGUAGCAUACGACAUGGACAGUAAGGAAAGUGAACGUUAUUGUCACUUUCGAUGAUGGAACGGAUCUGAUGGAUACUGCUGGUUUUGUUCCAUGCCGGUUUUUCUGAGGAUUACCAGUCCUCACAAAUAAGCACUGAAGGUGUGAGCUAAGUAUGGAACACCUAUCAGUUAAAUCUAGUAGACUUGGGAAGUGUGUGACUGUGAUCUCCUCUUUGCUCUUGGGCGUGGCAAUGGGUGCAUCACUCCAUGUAUCCCGUAAUUGUCAAAGUUGUUGGCGAUUAAAAGUGAGACUUUUGUGGUCUACUCUACUUAUUGGGACAUUGAGCAGAAAUCAGAUCUCCAACUAUGGAGUAAGCUACCAUCUGGGUACAUCCAGUGGAAUGAGGUGAUGCAUGUUGCUGGUGCUUGUCAUGGCUGUUGUUCAAUUAACCUGUCAUUCUUGUUGGGACAUGUUAUGUAAGCUAGCUUUAUAUCUAGUUAUCUCGAUGAAUGAUGUUGCUGGACCUAUGAUGCAUGUUAUGUAAACUAGCUUUAUAUAUCUAGUUAUCUUGAUGCAUGAUGUUGCCAGACCUAUGAUACAUGUUAUGUAAGCAGUAAGCUAGCUUUAUAUCUAGUUAUCUUGAUGAAUGCUGU